UACCCACAUCUACCUUUUCGUGCUGUUGCCUACCAAUUAAGUUGCAUGCUAACCGCCAUAGCCAAAUUAAGCAAGAAAGCACGACAACGUUAUCUGCGAUGGUGAAUUGGGUGCAGAUGCUAAGGACGCACUUCGUGGCUCGUCUAGCCAAGAACGCCGGCCUCCGGCAGCAUGCAGUCGCCGUGGACGACGAUGGCACCACCGUCAACUUGUGGCUGCCUAAGAAGAAGCAGACUGGAGCAGCCACCACCGCCGGGGGAAACCAAAGGCACGCCGUGGUGCUCGUGCAUGGGUUCGCCGGCGACGGCAUGAUGACGUGGGGGUUCCAGGUGGGCGCCCUCGCCGCGCGCGGCCACGACGUGUACGUCCCGGACCUGGUCCACUUCGGCGGCUCCACGUCGCCGGCGCCCCACCGCUCCGUGGCCUUCCAGGCGCACUGCCUUGCGACGGCACUGGGGAAGCUCGGCUUGGCGGGCCAGCGGUGCACCGUGGUCGGGUUCAGCUACGGCGGGCUGGUUGCGUUCGAGAUGGCGGCGGCGUUUCCCGGCCUCGUCCGCUCCGUGGUCGUCUCCGGUGCCGACGUGGCCUACACGGCGGCCAUGAACGACGUCCUGCUGCAGAGGCUCGGCGCCGGAUCGAUGACGGACCUCAUGCUGCCGGAGACGGUCGGAGGCGUCGAGCGCCUCUUCUCCACCGCGUUCUACAAGAAACCGUUUCUACCCCGUCGUCUGCUCAGCGACUUUCUCAAGGUGAUGUGUGACAACCGAAAGGAGAGAUCCGAGAUGCUGGAAAAUAUGAUUACCAGCAAGGACAAAGAAGCACCAGCCCCUGUUUUUCAGCAGGCCAUACUUCUUUUAUGGGGAGAGAAUGAUAACUAUUUUAUCAUCGAGGAUGCCGAGAGGCUAAAAAGGGAGCUUGGGGAAAAGGCGAUGCUGAGAACCAUAAGCAAGGCGGGGCACCUAGCCCACCUGGAGAGACCAUGUGUCUACAACCGCUGCCUCAAGGAGUUCCUGGCUCACGUCGACCGCCUCCCAUCAUAGCCCAUGCAUGCAUACAUGUCUGGAUCGGUCUUCUCUACCUACAUACUGUUGUGGCUGGUGGUGAUUUAUUUGUGGUGCUAAAUAUAAUGAGCAGAUAUACAAGUAACCAUGAAUUAAUUGAUUUGAUCAUACCCUUGGGAAAGAGUGCCAAGUGUGUUUGUCCUGGACAUGGCUUUUGAGAGAGCACAUAUUUACUUUUAGAUACACACAACCCAUGAAUGAGAUUUUUACGCACCCGAGUAAAGGAAAUAUGCCCUAGAGGCAAUAAUAAAGUUGUUAUUUAUAUUUCCUUA